AGCGCAUGCAAAAGGAAGCACGAGCCGGUUGGUGCAACUGCAAUGGCCAGAGUCGCUUGUAUCCAACACUUCAGGUUUCUCAGGGCAGUUGCGUGGAAAGGUUACCACAGCGAAAGCUCGAUCUGCGGGUCGAAAGAAGUGGCGCAUAGAGAGAGAGGCGGAUCGGAGAGGUUCGACUGCCACGUGGAUAGUCCCGGCAGACAGACGUGGGUCCCACAUCAACGGACAGGAUUUUACUAUCCGAAGGGCCACGAGAAGAUCAUGGACGACGUACUAAUCGAAGCUGCUAACAAGUGCAUGGAAAUUCAUCCUUUCUCUUGUAGCAAAGAUGCGCGCGCUCUCUCCUCUGACUAACAACGUACUUGGAGCUUAUACAUUGUAUCUCGGUGUAUCUUCGAAAGCUACUGAACGGGAAAAGCUCUUAUACUCUGGCAAUGUGUAAUGGAUGCUACACAGGCACUUAUAUUUAACAUAUAAAUUGCAUAUGGGGCAUACAGUUCAUUCAAGAUAAACU